AUGGCUCUCACCUCUGCCGUGUCGGACCUCUUCAGGUCCAUCUACGAGCUGUUCGCGUCGCUGGUGGCGGCCGUCUACGCGGCCGUCUACGCCGUCUUUGCCGCCGCGCAGAGCGUCGUGGUCGGCCUCGCGACCGCCGUGCGAGACGUGCUCGCCCAGGCGGUCCACCUGACGGGCGGCGUGGCCAAGUUUGUCACGGGCAACUUUGUGGCGCUGGCGGUCGGGGGUCUGCUGGUGCUGGGCUAUCUGCGCGUGUCGGCCAGCCGUCGACAAGAGGCUGUGCGGGCCAAGAAGACGCAGUGA